AUGCCUAGGUAUUACUCUACUGAGGAUGUGCCUAGAAAGCUGCAAAGUUAUAGCAAAAAGCCCUUCAGCCAGUAUAUGAGACUUCAAGCUAGCAUCACCCCGGACACAGUUCUGAACAUGCUCACUGGCCACCAUAGAGGCAAGCGAGUGAUUUUCCUGAAGCAGCUGGCUAGUGGCUUGCUACUGGUGACUGGACCUCUGACCAUCAACUGUGUUCCUCUGAGAAGGACCCAUCAGAAAUUUAUCAUUGCCACCUCUACCAGGGUUAGCCUUUCGGUUGUAAAAAUUCCAAAUCAUCUUACUAAUGCUCACUUCAAGAAAAAGAGGCUCCAUAAACCUAGACACCAAGAAGGAAAGAUUUUUGACACAGAAAAAGAGAAAUAUGAGAUUAUAGAACAAUGCAAGGCUGAUCAGAAAACAGUGGACUCUCAGAUCCUGCCCCAAAUCAAGAAAAUUCCUCAGCUCCAUGGCUACCUACAUUCUGUAUUCUCUUUCUCCAACGGAGUUUAUCCUCACAAACUUGUGUUUUAA